GGGGCGCACCCAGGCGUCCAGGCGGGAAUGCAGGUGUCCGUGGCCCCGCUGGUGGAGGUGAUGCGGGGGGAGAGAGUCACCCUGGACUGCACCCUUUUGGGGGACCAUAACCAGUUCCUGCUGAAAUGGUUCCUGGUCGAACGCUCCGGGGCCCGCCACCUCCUCGCCGAGGCCCAAGUGCAGGGCUCCGAGGUGAAGCCCAGGGUGCACACCUCCCGGGGCCGCAGUCCCCCAUACCAGCUGGAAGGCCAGGGGCACCUGGUGCUGGUGGAGGCCCAGGUGACAGACGAGCAUGACUAUGUGUGCGUGGUGACGGCGGCAGUGGGCACUGCCGAGGCCACCUCGAAGGUCCAGGUAUUUGUAAAGCCAGAGACCACCAAAGUCUCCCCCAACAAAGGGAUACUGUCUGUGAUGGAUGACUCCGCCCAGGAGGUACCCUACAUGACCACCCGCACCGUGCGCGAGGCCUCCAACCUGCAGUCUCUCACCAGCACCCUCUACCUGCGCGUCCACAAGGAGGACCGGGAGGCCAGCUUCCACUGCUCCGCGUACUACAGCCUGCCCGGGGCCCGGCACGGCCACCUGGACAGCCCGCCCUUCAGCCUCACCCUGCACUACCCCACGGAGCACGUGCAGUUCUGGGUGAGCCCGUCCACCACGGAGGGCUGGGUCCGCGAGGGCGACUCCGUCCAGCUGAUCUGCCAGGGGGACGGCAACCCCACACCCGAGUACAUGUUCUAUCGCCUGCAGGGCACGGAGGAGAAAGUGCUGAACACGAAUCUUCACGGGAACUUUACCCUGGAGAGCGUGCAGCGGAACCAGAACGGGACCUACGGCUGCCGGGUGUUAGACUAUGACGCUGCUGAUGAGGCCGAGCUCUCCAAGACGCUGGAGCUGCGCGUGGCCUACCUGGACCCCAUUGAGCUCAGCCAGGAAGAGGAGCUUUCCUUACCCCUGGACAGCAACGUAGACAUAACCUGCUCCGUGCAAGGCCUGCCCACCCCUGCUCUACGCUGGACCAAGGACGCAGUCCGCCUGGUGGAUGGCCCCACGCUCUCGCUCAGCGCCAUCACCUUCAAUUCUGCUGGCACCUACAUAUGCGAGGCCUAUACGCCCACGGUCUCCCUCCUUAGUCGCACCCGGGUCCUCAAGCUGCUGGUUGAAGGGUCACCCGAACUAAAGGAGGAGAUUUUCCCCCAGGCAGAGGGCAGCAGGAGAGAAGGAGAAGAAGUCAGGCUGACCUGCUCUGCCCGCGGCUACCCAGAGCCCAAACUCACGUGGAGCGAAAAGGGCGGCAGUCCCACAGAGCCGGUCCCCGGAGUGCCGGGCUGGGUGCGCAGCUCCCUGACCCUGAAGUUGACCAACGCCAUGAGCCAACACGGCGUCUCCUGUGAGGCCUCCAACCCGCUCGGGAGCACCCAGCAUGUCUUCCACUUCGGCCCUCUGACCCCCCAGACCUCGCAGGCCGGAGUAGCUGUCAUGGCCGUGGCCGUCAGUGUAGGCCUCCUGCUCCUCGUCGUUGCCGCCUUCUAUUGCAUGAGACGCAAGGGGCGCCCCGGCUGCUGCCGAAAGGGGGAAAAGGGGGCUCCGCCGCCUGGGGAGCCAGAGCUGAGCCAUUCAGGGUCCCAGCGGCCUGAGCAGACAGGCCUUCUCAUGGGAGGUGCCUCUGGAGGAGCCAGGCGUGUCAGUGGGGGCUUUGGAGAUGAGUGCUAAGCCUGAGGGCCUCUGAGAGACAGUCAUCGGACACAACCUGGAGUUGCAGGCAUCAGAGAACCAGCCCUGCUCACGCUCUGCCCUCCCCCGCCUUCCCGGCCUGCCCUCUUCCCUCUCCGGCCCUCCCUUCCUUCCUCUGCAGGCUGGGCAGGGACCUACAGACACUGCUGGGAGGGAGGGAGGGUGCGCGCGCUCAGCUCUCUCGUGGGUGGGAGGGGACCUUCCUCCAGGGAGUAUGACUCUCCCAGGCCCCAGAAUAGCUUCUGGACCCAAGCCCAGGGCCCGGCCUGGGACGAGGCUCCGAGGGUCGGCUAGCUGAGGCUAUUUUUACCUCCUGCCUCCAUUGCUCGUCCCCCACCUGACGUCCUGCUGCAUAGUCUGACACUGGAUCCCCACCCCUGCUCCGCCCCCUCAUCAUGGACACUGGAGUCUGGAAUAAAUGCUGUCUGUCACCUCGACACCA